GGAAUAAAGGUUAUUUUUGUGGUCGCUGUGGCCUGGCCUCAGUAGACUCGCUAUUGACUAAUUGCAGGAACAUGUUGUCUCGUGCCGUGCGCCGCUCCAUCCACACCACCGCCCUCCGCGCGGCCGCCGAGAAUGCCCCGUCCAGCGCUGUCGCCACCAAGGUCACGCUGAACUUGAGCACCCCACACCAAGCGUUCUACAAGGGCGUGCAAGUCGACCUUGUCCAAGUGCCUGGUUUGGUCGGUGAGUACGGUGUCACUGCCGGCCACACCCCCAUCAUCUCGCAAUUGAAGCCCGGUGUCAUUGCCGUGCACGAAGAGCGUGACAAGGUUGUGAAGAAGUUCUUCACCGCCGGUGGAUUCGCCUUCACCCAUGCCGACUCGACCACGGACAUCGCCGCCGUGGAAUUGAUCAAGGUCGAAGACAUCGACGCGUCCGCCGCUGAGGCCGGUGUCCAAAAGUACAAGCAAGCGUUGGAACAAGCCGCCGACGGCACCCCCGAAAAGGUCGAAGCUCAAAUUGCUUACGAAACCCACCUCGCCUUGGUCGCCGCCUUGGCCUCGGCUUAGAGAUGAUGUACUGUACAUGCUAACUAGCAUUGAACGUGCGUGGUGAAUUUCACUCAUGUGCCAACUACGCAUACUCCUUCGUGCAUUAUAUCGACUUGUUUCAGGGCC